AUGACUACUGUUCUCGUUGUUCCUGGGGCCUGGCUCACCAAGGCCUUCUAUGAGCCAUUCCUCCAAGCACUCACCGAAGCUGGCUAUGAUGCUCAGUUCGCCGAGUAUCCCUCUCUGGACCCCGAGGACCCAACCGCUUUCGAUUGCCACGCUGACAGCAAGGCCAUUGCCGCGGUGCUCCGGCCCCUCGUGGAGGAGGAAGGGAAAGACGUCCUGGUACUCAUGCACUCGUACGCUGGCAUGCCCGGCGCAGCAGCUGCAACCGGCCUGGCAAAGACACAGCGGGUGCAACAGGGCAAACGCGGUGGCGUCGUGGGAUUGCUUUUUGUCGGCGCAUUUGUCGUGCCAGAAGGUCUCAGCUGUGCCGGCCUCCAGGGCGGAAAUCUGCCCCCGUGGAUCUUGCUUGACCAGGAUCAAUCAGUGCUGACGCGGGACAAGCCCUCGGCGAAUCUGAAUCUGGCAGAUGACCCGAUCAACAACUUUGCCGCGGAUGUCGAGGGGACUCUGGCCCAGUCCUUGACUGCACAUUCGAAACCACAUGCGACCCUGUCCUUCACCUCCCCCCAGCCCCAUCCAGCCUGGAUGGACGAUGAAUUCAAGGGACGCUUGGCAUCUGUGGUUCUCACGGAAGACCGUGCCGUGCCGAAGGAGGCGCAACUCGGCAUGAUUGCAGCCACGCAGCAGCCGUGGAUCGUCAAAGAGCUGCCGGCCAGUCAUUGUGCACCUUUCCUGAAUCGGAUCGAUGAUACGGUGGCUCUGACACGGGAGAUCCUUGACAAGAUGCUGUAG